AUGUCGUUCGUCUUCUCUGCUCUGGCGAGUGGCGACCGGCGAAAGGUCGUGCAGAUCCCUGCUCUGCUCCGCCGCUCCUCUUCACUCCUCCUCAGCCCCGCCGCCUGCUCGAGCCUCCCUCCCCUGCUCAAGAACGCGAGACAGCCUGUUACUGUCGGCGGCGGUGACUGUCGAUUUGGGGAAGGAGAUAAAAUCGCCGAUCAGAUUGACGGAGGAAGCCAGAAAAAGGUCGAAUCUGCAUCUGAAAGAGACUUUGUUCAUCAUGUAGAUCUUGAACUGUGGGGGAGGGUAUUGGUCGGCAGAGGGAUAUGA